UCAAAGCUUGAGCCAAAAGAAAAGAAACCCUGCAACUGCAAUUGCUUAUUCUAAACACCUACGCUCUCUUCCUCUUGCUACAAUUACCAGAGGGGGACUGGCACAGUGGUGGACCUGAAACGGCAGCGUAGCUAUCAGAAGACACACAGCGCAAGAAAUGUUUAGGAACCAGUACGACACUGACGUCACCACAUGGAGCCCCGCCGGCAGGCUCUUCCAGGUCGAAUAUGCUAUGGAGGCCGUCAAGCAGGGUUCGGCGGCAAUUGGACUCCGAUCUAAGACUCACGUGGUUCUCGCUUGUGUCAAUAAGGCUAAUUCCGAGCUAUCCUCUCACCAGAAGAAGAUAUUCAAAGUCGAUGACCACAUUGGCGUUGCUAUCGCAGGCCUAACCGCUGAUGGUCGCGUACUAUCGCGGUACAUGCGAUCCGAAUGCAUUAACUACAGUUUCACAUACGAGUCCGCGCUUCCGGUUGGUCGACUCGUCGUUCAACUCGCUGAUAAGGCUCAGGUAUGCACCCAACGCUCUUGGAAACGGCCAUAUGGUGUUGGGCUGCUGGUGGGUGGCUUGGAUGAAUCUGGAGCUCACCUCUACUACAAUUGCCCUAGUGGGAACUAUUUUGAAUAUCAGGCAUUUGCUAUUGGAUCUCGCUCACAAGCUGCAAAGACCUACUUGGAACGCAGGUUUGAGAACUUUGCGGACUCUUCACGGGAAGAUCUGAUUAAGGAUGCUCUCAUUGCAGUUAGGGAAACCUUACAAGGAGAAACACUGAAGAGCUCCAUUUGCACAGUUGCUGUAUUAGGAGUUGGGGAGGCAUUCCACAUAUUGGAUCAGGAAACUGUACAGCAGUUAAUUGAUGCAUUUGAGAUUGUUGCAGAGCCAGAGGGUCCUGCUGCUGAACCUGAUGCUGCCGCCGAGCAAGGUGAAGGCGCUGAUCAAGGACCUGCUGCUGACCAGGGUGUGGCUCCAAUGGACAUAUGAGAAUCCGAAAACAACAGCUGCUUCCCUGUGCUAGUUUUUUUUUUUUUUUUUUUUGAUGUUUUUAAGCAUGUUUUGCAGAAGUUAGUUGAAAAUGAAUGGCACCAUGGGAGACAAAUUCUUGGAUUAUUUAUGUGCAAACAUUUUUAUUCUAGCUUUUGGCUAUGUUAUUUGGAACUCAUACACAGUUCUCAGAAAUGGGUGCAGCACCCAUUUCUCUAUAUUGACUUGUUAACUUAAUAAUUUUUCACGGGCUUAUUUAGUUUAA